AUGUACCUAUUGCAAAGAGCGCGGAGACUCAAAGAAAUCUACCCCCAUACUCACCUUGGGCGAAGAGAGAGAGUAGGGGCGUCAGGGCUCUGGAGCCCCCCCGAGCCCCGGCUAACUUUAUCUGUAGGGGGGCAUCCCACCACCUUCCUGGUGGACACAGGAGCUCAGCACUCGGUCCUAACCAAGGCAAACGGGCCUCUGUCCUCUCGUACCUCUUGGGUUCAAGGAGCGACAGGAAGAAAAAUUCACAAAUGGACUAACUACCGUACGGUUGAUUUAGGGCAAGGGACAGUGACACACUCUUUUCUGGUAGUACCCGAAUGCCCAUACCCCCUUUUAGGACGAGACCUCCUAACCAAGCUUGGAGUUCAGAUCCAUUUCUCCAAAGCGGGGGCCCAAGUGCUAAACCGGGAUGGCCAGCCUAUCCAAGUCUUAACUGUGUCCUUACAAGACGAACACAGACUUUUUGAAACCCCGGUCACCACUAACCUCCUCGAAGCCUGGCUGCAGGACUUUCCCCAGGCCUGGGCAGAAACGGGAGGGCUUGGUCGAGCCAAAUGCCAGGCCCCAAUCAUAAUUGACCUAAAGCCCACGGCAAUGCCUGUAUCUAUCAGGCAGUAUCCUAUGAGCAAGGAGGCUCAUAUGGGCAUUCAGCCACACAUUACCAGAUUUCUAGAGCUUGGGGUCCUGCGACCUUGCCGCUCACCUUGGAAUACCCCUCUCUUACCAGUGAAAAAACCUGGUACUCGAGACUACAGGCCCGUCCAAGACUUAAGGGAAGUCAACAAAAGGACUAUGGAUAUCCAUCCUACGGUCCCCAAUCCCUAUAACUUGCUCAGCACCCUGAGCCCAGACCGCACCUGGUACACAGUACUGGACCUAAAAGAUGCAUUCUUUUGCUUACCCUUGGCCCCCCAGAGCCAGGAACUGUUUGCUUUCGAAUGGAGGGACCCUGAAAGAGGAAUCUCAGGCCAAUUAACCUGGACCCGCUUACCCCAAGGGUUCAAAAACUCCCCCACUCUCUUUGAUGAGGCUCUCCACAGGGACCUAACUGACUUCCGGACUCAACACCCAGAAGUAACUCUACUCCAAUAUGUGGAUGACCUUCUUCUGGCCGCCCCCACAAAGGAAGCCUGCAUACGAGGUACCAAACAUCUGCUUCGGGAAUUGGGAGACAAAGGAUACCGGGCAUCCGCCAAGAAGGCCCAGAUUUGCCAAACCAAGGUAACCUACCUGGGGUACAUACUGAGUGAGGGGAAAAGAUGGCUCACCCCUGGGCGAAUAGAAACUGUGGCUCGCAUUCCGCCGCCCCAGAACCCCAGAGAGGCCCUCCUACUGGACACGGACCGCGUCCAAUUUGGACCUCCGGUUACCUUGAACCCUGCCACGUUGCUACCGGCACCGGAAGACCAACAGAGCGCACACGAUUGCCGGCAAGUACUGGCUGAGACCCAUGGGACACGGGAAGACCUUAAAGAUCAAGAGCUCCCAGAUGCGGAUCACUCUUGGUAUACGGACGGGAGCAGUUACAUCGACUCAGGUACCCGGAGGGCGGGAGCGGCGGUAGUAGAUGGCCACCACAUCAUAUGGGCACAAUCACUACCUCCUGGCACGUCUGCACAAAAGGCCGAGCUGAUAGCGCUCACCAAGGCCCUAGAACUAUCCGAAGGGAAAAAGGCUAACAUAUACACAGAUAGCCGAUAUGCCUUUGCAACGGCUCAUACACACGGGAGUAUUUAUGAAAGAAGGGGCCUACUAACCUCAGAAGGAAAGGAGCAACUACUGAGACUUCUCUUUGAAAUGGAGAAGUCCAUUAUCGGAGUCUUUGAAGCUCAGGAGAGUGAGAGUAAAAGCAGACAGACGGUCAUCUCUGCCAUUGUCAUCAUCGUCAUCAUCACCACCAUCAUCAUCUUCGUGGCUGUUGUUGAUUAA